AUGGCAAUAACAUGGACAAAUCUUGAAAGACUAAGGAAAUUGACAAGGUUAUCAAUUAUUUGUAAAGGAAUACUUUCACCAGCUGAUGCAGAAUUAGCAAUUAAAUAUGGAGCCAAUGGAAUUAUUGUCAGUAAUCAUGGUAGUCGUGUGAUUGAUACAACAGCAUCAGCUAUUGAAUGUCUAAAAGAUAUUAUCAAUGUUGUCGAUGGACGUGCAGAAGGUAAAGUUUGCUUAAUAACAAUAUCGAGCAUGUUUUUAAUUCUCAAAAAUUUACAAGAAGUUUUUGUUGAUACUGCUAUUCGAACUGGUACUGAUGUUUUAAAAGCAUUAGCAUUGGGUGCACGAGCUGUUUUUAUUGGUCGUCCAAUUUUAUAUGGAUUAUGUUGUGGUGGACAAAAUGGUGUUCGACGGGUAUUAGAUAUAUUAAAAAAAGAAUUAACUUAUGAUAUGGCUUGUUGUGGACUAACAUCGAUUGAUCAAAUCAAUGAAGAUAUUCUCUAUAAAUAUGCAUAA